AUGGCAUCUCAGCAGAUGGAACCAGAUUUAUUUGAUAGGACCGAUUUCGCAAAUGCCUCCCGGGGCUUGAUCGGGUCUCUUCAGCCGGGCAUCAUCCGGGCCGCCGAUGGCCGAACGGUGUACAACGACGCCUACGACUUCUUGCAAGCGUCGGAAUGCCCGGCCACCGCGAACCCAAAGCUGUGGCGGCAAGGCCAAUUGGCCUCGAUGCAGAGACUGUUCGAAGUGACCCCAGGUAUCUACCAGGUCCGUGGCCUUGACUUGGCCAACAUGACCGUCGUCGAAGGCGCCGAGGAGGUUAUCAUCAUCGACCCUAACAUUCGUGGAAUGCGCUGCUGCCGCCUUGACUCUUCAGUGUCCAUCCCACUUAUUGUGCCAGAAGGGUUCGUGGAGGAGGCUAUGAGCGAAAACAUCUACGUCGGGCCCGCCAUGCAUCGUCGCGCACUGUACAUUUACGGAUACCAAUUACCCAAGUCGCCCAAUGGACAGAUCGGGUGUGGAAUCGGAAUGACUGUCUCGAGGGGGACAACCUCCUUUGUGCCUCCCAAUACGAUUGUCAGCUCAACUGGCGAACGGACCAUUGAUGGGGUCCGGAUUCAAUUCCAACUGGUUCCUGAAACGGAGGCGCCGGCGGAAAUGAAAUUCUUCUUCCCCGAUCAUCGGGCAUUGUACAUUGCCGAGUGUGCCACGCAUAGUCUGCAUAAGAUCAUUACGCUCCGCGGGGCUUUGGUUCGCGAUUCGAAAGCCUGGGCACGGUACCUCGACGAGUCGCUUGUCCUGUACGGUCAAGAAUCGGACGUCUUAUUCGCCGGUCAUAACUGGCCGACUUGGGGACAGAGUGAGAUUGAACGGCUGAUCUACGAACAUCAUAAUGUGAAAGGAAUCUACCAGCGGUACAUGGGAUGGUUUGAUGGAAACCCGGCGCAUCUGUGGGAGUAUCCGCCUGUCGAGAACGCGAAGCGAUACGUGGCAUGCAUGGGCGGAAUUGACGAAGUGGCUGCAAGGCCGAGAGAUUCGCGCAAGAUGGGGAUUUACGAUUUGCUGCCACCCUCCUGGGACACGCGGUCUCCUUUGAUCCAGAACAUGAGAAGUCGGAGGGACGCUGGCCGGGGUGUUGGAGCAGUUAGGGUUCGGGGCGGAGAACGCCACAUGGCGCAACUUCUACCUGUCGGCGGCGCGGAAUUUGCGCGCGGCGCCCCAAAUUAA